AUGAAGAUAGCCAAAGUGCCAAUGCUUCUGACCCUGGCCCUUUGCCUCAUACAAGAUGCUGCCAGUGAGGAUGAAAAUCAGGAAACGUGUGAUCAGUAUCGGGCAUUAAUGAAAAAUGGAAAAUUAUUUUGUUCCCAAGAUAAAAAACUUUUUCAGAGCCCUGAUGGAAUAGCCUUCAUCAACAGAUGUGCCACGUGCAAAAUGAUAUUGGAAAAAGACGCAAAAUCCCAGAAAAGGGCCGGCUAUUUAACAAGAGCCUCCCCGGCCACUGCCCCAGAAGAGUUGAAUUGUGAUGAUUUCAGGAAAGACGAGAGAAGUGGGGAUUUUAUGUGUACCUUCGAUAACGCAGCCCUUUGUGGCACAGACGGGAAAACCUACAGCAACAAAUGUGCGCUGUGUGCCGAGAACGCUAAAACCAGGUCCCAAGUUGGCAUAAAAAGUGAAGGGGAAUGUGAGACCAAUAAUCCAGAGCAGGAUGUAUGUAGUGCUUUUCGGCCUUAUGUGAAGGAUGGAAGACUUGAAUGCACAAGGGAACAUGAUCCAGUCCUUGGCCCUGAUGGCAAAACACAUGGCAAUAAGUGUGCCAUGUGUGCUGAGCUCUUCUUAAAAGAAGCUCAAGAAAACGCCAAAAGAGAAGGUGAAACCAGAAUUCGACGAAGUGCCGAAAAGGAUUUUUGUAAAGAAUAUGAAACCCAAGUGAGGAAUGGAAGACUUUAUUGUACACGGGAGAGUGACCCAAUUCGUGGCCCUGAUGGCAGGAUGCAUGGCAACAAAUGUGCCCUGUGUGCUGAAAUUUUCAAACAGCGUUUUUCAGAAGAAAAAAAUAAAGCACAUGAAAACCUAAGGAAGACUGAAGAAAAAGUCAAAGUUAAGAGAGAAAUUGAGAAACUCUGCAGUGAAUAUCAGGAUCGUGCAAAGAAUGGAAUACUUUUCUGUACCAGAGAAAAUGACCCUGUUCGUGGUCCAGAUGGGAAAAUGCAUGGAAACUUGUGUUCCAUGUGUCAAGCCUUCUACCAAGCAGAAGCUGAGGAAAAGAAAAAGGCUGAAGCAGAAGCAAGAAAUAAAAGAGAAUCUGAAAAAACACCCUUAUGUGGAGAGCUGUGCAGUGAAUACCUCAAGCUUGUGAGGAAUGGAAAACUCCCCCGCACGCGAGAGAACGACCCCAUCCAGGGCCCCGAUGGGAAAAUGUAUGGCAACACCUGCUCCAUGUGUGAGGUGUUCUUCCAAACAGAGGAAGAAGAAAAGAAAAAGAAGGAAAGUGAGUCAAGAAAUAAGAGAGAAUCUGAGAACACAGCUCCCUUUGAGGAAUUAUGCAGUGACUACCGCAAAUUAAGGAAGAAUGGCCAGCUUCUCUGCACUCGAGAGAACGACCCCAUCAAGGGCCCAGAUGGGAAAAUGCAUGGCAACACCUGCUCCAUGUGUGAGGCCUUCUUUCAGCAAGAAGAAAGAGCAAGAGCAAAGGCUAAAAGAGAAGCUACAAAGGAGCUCUGCAGUGAAUUUCGGAACCAAGUGAAGAAUGGAAUGCUUAUAUGCACCAGGGAGAAUGACCCUGUCCGCGGCCCUGAUGGCAAAAUGCACAGCAACAGGUGUGCCAUGUGUGCAAGCCUAUUCAAACUUGAAGAAGAAGAAGAGAAGAAAAAUAAUGGCAAGGAAGGAAAGGACAAAGCACAGGCUGAUAAAGUGAGAAGAGAAGCAGCACAGGAGCUGUGCCGUGAAUACCGUAACUCUGUGAGAAAUGGUCGACUCCCCUGCACCAAAGAGAACGACCCCGUUGAAGGCCCAGAUGGGAAAAUGCAUGGCAACACCUGCUCCAUGUGUGAGGCCUUCUUCCAGCAAGAAGCAAAAGAAAAAGAAGAAGCUGAAUCCAGAACAAAAGCUAAGAGAGAAGCUGAAAAGGAUACAUGCAGUGAAUUUCGGAGCCUUUUGCAAAAUGGAAAUCUUUUCUGCACACGAGAAAAUGAUCCCGUGCGUGGCCCAGAUGGCAAGACCCACGGGAACAAGUGUGCCAUGUGUAAAGCUGUCUUCCAGAAAGAAGAUGAAGAAAGAAAGAGAAAAGAAGAUGAAGGUCAGAGAAACGCGACGGGGCAUAGUUCCCACGGUGGUGGUGGCAGAGGAGGGAAAGCUCAGGACCAAUGCGCAGGGUAUCGGGACAAAACGCAAAAUGGAAAACUCAGUUGUACUCGGGAGCAUGAUCCUGUACGUGACGCUGCUGGCAAGUCGUACAACAAUAAGUGUACCAUGUGUAAAGAGAUACUGGAAAGAGAAGCCGAGGAAGAAAAUAAACAUUCUGGCUACAGAUCAAAUGGGACUGAAUCAGCAUCAGAAAAAGACACGUGUGAUGAGUUUAGAAGCCAAGUAAAAAACGGACAACUUAUCUGCACCCGAGAAAGUGACCCUGUCCAGGGUCUGGAUGGCAAGACACACGGCAAUAAGUGUGCGAUGUGUAAGGACAAACUGGAAAGGGAAGCAGCUGAAAGAAAAAAGAAAGAGCAGGACAACUUGAGAAACACAGGAGAAAAGAGCAAUGAAAACCAGGAUCAGUGCCAUGAAUUCCGGAAUAUGGUGAGAGAGGGGAAGUUUAUCUGCACCAGAGAAAACAACCCUGUUCAGGGUCCAGAUGGCAAGAUGCACAUCAACAAGUGUGCUAUGUGUCAGAGCAUCUUUGAGCGAGAAGCUAGUGAAAGAAAAAAGAAUGACGAAGAAAAAUCAAGUGCCAAGCCCUCAGAUGAUGCAAAGGACCCAGGAAGAAAAGUUCAGAAUGAAGUGGGGUUGGAAAUUUUAAAGUCUAGGCGUUCCUUGGCCUCCAUUGCCAGGAUAAGGGCAGACGAGUGCAGUAACUUUCGGCAGUACGUGAGGAAUGACCGGCUCAUGUGCACUCAAGAGAAUGACCCCGUGCGUGGUGCUGAUGGAAAAUUAUACAAAAACAAGUGCCACAUGUGCAGAACGAUCAUUCAAAAAGAAGCUUUGGAAAGGGCAAGAAUUCAAGAGAAAUCAUUCCACGUUAGAUCUAUGGACGAAAACAGCCCAACUUCCUCCACUUCUUUUCUGGAUUCUGAGAUGUGCAAACAUUACCGAGUAUUGCCCAAGAUGGGUUACCUUUGCCCAAAGAAUUUACAGCCUGUCUGUGGUGAUGAUGGCCAGACAUACAACAAUCCCUGCAUGCUCUGUCAUGAAAACCUAAUACGCCAAACUAAUACACACAUACGCAGUGAAGGGAGGUGUGAAAAGAACAGCACCCCAGAAACAACCCCUCUCGAUGUGCCAGCAUCUGACAAAUGGUGGAAGAAUUGGUGAAAGCCAGGAGGGAAAAUAUAUGCCCCAAUUCUGAAUCGCCUAACCCUCACCAUCUGUAUAGAGAAAGAAUUCUUCAGAGCCUGUCUUAUUUACUAUAGAAAAUAAUACAGAGCUGUUGGGGGAAUGGACUCACUGACUUCCAGUCUUUCCCGUCUCUUUCCUCCUAGAUUCUGUGAUCUGAGGGCACAGAGACAUCUCCAUCUGUCUGUGCUUGAAAACCUCCUGAUCACAAUGCUGUCUGUUCAAAUACUUGUUCAAUAAAAGUAAACCCAGCAGAACACCA